UCUAUCACUUUCUAAUAGAGUUAGUUGAAAUAAGGGAAGAUGGCGCAGCAGGGCUGCUGUGCCACGUCUUGUUACGCGACAAAAACCAAAUUAAAUCCCUUUAACUCGUUCUUAUGUGCUUUUAUUUCUUUUAUAAGUUUUAGUCCUUUAAUCGCUGAAGCCGGGCUGUACACAGCAUCGGAUCAGAUUAUUAUUUUAUCCCCGGAGAAUGUGGACUCCGUGCUUUUUAACUCCAGCGCGGCUCUUUUCGUGGAGUUUUACGCGACCUGGUGCGGACACUGCGUCGCGUUCUCACCCACCUGGAAAGACCUCGCCAGAGAUAUUAAAGAGUGGAAGCCUGCUGUUGAUCUGGCUGCUAUUGAUUGUGCUGAUGAAAGCAACAGAAAAGUGUGCACCAAUUUCGGCAUCACUGGAUAUCCCUCUCUGAAGUUCUUCCCUGCUUAUUCGAGCAGCGGGUCCAGGGGCCAGGAUUUCAGAGGAUUUUCAAGGGAUGUAAGAGGCCUUCGUCACUACGUUAUCAAUAAGUUGGAGAUGCACAAUGAAACUUCGCCACCUGCUUGUCCACCUUUAGAGACAGCCAGUGAGGCAGAGAUAGACAACUUCUUUCAGACCAACAGUGUGAAGCUCCUCGCUCUUGUGUUUGAGAGUAAAGACUCCUACGUGGGGAGAGAGGUGACAUUGGAUUUGUUGCAGUAUGAAAACAUAGCUGUGCGCAGGGUUUUGGACACGGAGACAAGUUUGGUGUCCAGGUUUGGUGUGACCGAUUUUCCUUCAUGUUACCUGUACAACUCAUCCAGACAUAUCUCUAGACUCAAAGUACUCAGUGAAGCUCGUACCUUUUACUCAUACGCCCUCCAGAGGUUGCCAGGGGUAGUGCGGACAGGCAAACCCCAGAUUCCCAUCACUGAUCUUAUCAAGAACUCGACUCUACAGGAAUGGAGGCCAUUUAACAAGACACGUGUUUAUAUGUCUGAUUUGGAAUCAGCACUGCAUUACUCUCUGCGUGUAGAGCUGUCUGGACACGUCAGAAUCACUGGAGAACAUCUGAUUGCACUCAAAAAGUACAUCAGUGUACUGGCUAAGGUGAGUUACAUCAAUACACACAAAGAUUAAUUAUCCACUUAAUUGUUUUAUAUCAUGGCAU